AUGUUGUCACAAGCAGGAAAUGAGAUUUUUAUCAAAGCUGUCAUCCAAGCUUUGCCAACCUACACAAUGUCUGUGUUUAAACUUCCUAAUUCACUACUUCAUGACAUCAAUAGGGUCAUUAACAACUUUUGGUGGGGGCAGCAGAGUAGUGAAAACAGGAUUCAUUGGAUUUCAUGGAAAAGGUUGGGAAAGGCAAAAACUGAAGGGGGAAUGGGUUUCAGGGAUUUUGAAGCUUUUAACAAGGCUUUGCUGGCCAAACAAUGCUGGAGGUUUAUACAACACCCUGAUUCCCUUGCUACUCAGGUGCUUAAAGCCAAGUAUUAUCCAAGUACCAACUUUCAAGAGGCAAAAGUAGGCUCCAAACCCUCUUAUGUUUGGAGAAGUUUCUUAGCUGCUAGGCUAUUAGUAGUGGCAGGAUCCUAUUGGAGAAUAGGUAAUGGUCAUCAAGCUCAGGUGUGGAAGGACAAAUGGAUAUUCUCUUCUAAUCCUAGUAAGGCCCAAAGCUCUGUUAGUGUGCUGGCCAAUAAUGCAAUAGUCUCAUCUCUCAUCGACACUACCACUAAGCAAUGGAAUUAUGCACUGGUGCAGCAGAUUUUCAGUCACAGAGAGGUAGAGUUCAUUAUCAAAACCCCUAUAAGCUUCCUCAAUAGCAGAGAUAGACUGGUUUGGCAAGGUACAAAAGAUGGUGAGUUCACAGUUAGAAGUGCAUACCAUAGGGAAUUAGAGAGAAGUCUUCCAGCCUCUAAUCAAGCAUCUAGCAGUUCCUCCCUCAAAGGCCUUUGGCAGCAGCUUUGGUAG